UCGCGGCGGGCGCCAUGCGGCGGGGCGCACUCCUGGCGGGCGCCCUGGCGGCCUACGCCGUGUACCUGGUGCUGGGCGCGCUGCUGGUGUCGUGGCUGGAGCGGCCGCACGAAGCUCGCCUCCGGGCCGAGCUGGAGACGCUGCGCGCGGAGCUGCUGCGGCGCAGCCCGUGUGUGGCCGCCCCCGCCCUGGACGCCUUCGUGGAGAGGGUGCUGGCGGCCGGACGGCUGGGACGCGCCGCUCUCGCCAACGCUUCGGGGCCCGCCAACAACUCCGACCCCGCCUGGGACUUUGCCUCCGCUCUCUUCUUCGCCAGCACGCUGGUCACCACCGUGGGCUACGGGUACACAACGCCGCUGACCGAUGCGGGCAAGGCCUUUUCCAUUGCCUUUGCGCUCCUGGGCGUGCCGGCCACCAUGCUGCUGCUGACGUCCUCGGCCCAGCGCCUGUCGCUGCUUCUGACCCACGCACCCCUCCUCCGGCUGACCACGCGUUGGGGCUGGGACCUCCGGCAGGUGGCCUGCUGGCACCUGGUGGUCCUGCUGGGAGUCGUAGUGACCACCUGCUUCCUGGUGCCGGCUGCCAUCUUCGCGCGCCUCGAGGAGGGCUGGAGCUUCCUGGACGCCUUCUACUUCUGCUUCAUCUCUCUGUCCACCAUCGGCCUGGGUGACUACGUGCCCGGAGAGGCCCCCGGCCAGCCCCACCGGGCCCUUUACAAGGUGCUGGUCACAGCCUACCUCUUCCUGGGCCUGGUCGCCAUGAUGCUAGUGCUGCAGACUUUCCGCUACGUGUCCGACCUUCACGGCUUCACGGAGCUCGUCCUGUUGCCCAGUCCUUGUCCCGCCAGCCCCGGCGAGGAUGACGACGAUCGGGUGGACAUCGUGGACCCGCAGCCGGAGUCGCAGCAGCAGCUGGCCGCCGGCUCCCACGCCGACUACGCCUCCAUCCCCAGGUAGCCGAGGCCGGGAGGACCUGGCCCGCGGCUGAGGGGGCCACGUGACUGGUGCUGCCGUCCGGGACCGUCCGCGAGCGCGUGCCCGAGCUCUCGAGGCACUGCCACUGGCUGUCCGUCCUUUGUUUGACGUGUCCCUGUCCCAGGUUCCACCGCCACCGCCUCGUUCUCCCCCGCCCCAUCUCUCACUCCCCACACCCUGGGCUCUCUGGCUUCCCUCUCACUCUCCUUGUGUCUCAUUCUUUUACUGACUCCACCUGCCUCUCCCUCAGCCGCCCAUCACCUGCCCCUCCUAGCAGGCUCUGGGCUCAGACCUCAUUUCGGGCACUCGACUGGUCACUACACUGUGGGCAAGCGGCUGCCCUUGUCUGAGCGCGGAUGUCCUCGUCUAGUCAAAUGGAAACGAUACGUCCACUCAUCCCCAACCCCCUCCCGUGAGCAGGCCCCAGGCUGAGCGGUGCUAGGGACACUGCAGUGGUUGAGAUGGCCCCGGGCCCCCCUCUCACGGGUUCCUAGUCCAGCGAGGUAGACAGACCUGUCCCCACACAGUGACGACCCAGAAUAGGCAGGACUGCGGUGGGCGAGGCAGGGUGGCCGGCAGCGCGUUCGAGAAGGCCCGGGCAGAGCGGGCAGGGCUGAGGUGGAUGGAGGAAGCACGGGGACUCUGGCCGAUCCAGCCCGCAGGGUCAGGGAGAUCUUUCUAGAAGAAGGGUUAACAACUCGGCCCUGAAAUCUGAGGAGUAGUCAGGGGAAGAAGGUGGACCUUGUUUUAUCUCAAGUGUCCCUCGGGAGCAAGACCCAUGUGGUGAGCGCGGGGGUUGGGCCUGCGCCGGGGAGCCCUCCUCGGCAGCCUGGCAGGCAGGAAGCUGAGACAGGAUCCGAAUGGCACGGACGCCCCCAGAACAGCUGUUCCCGUUUCCCGGGCACUGACUGCGUGAGUACCCUGGGCUCUGGAGCCAGCCUGCUUGGGCUCGGACCCCAACUCAGCUGUGUCGUGCCGCUGUCCUCGGGCAGUCACUUCCCCUCUGUGAUUCUCAGUUUUCCUCAUCUGUAAAAUGGCAAUGAUCGCAGUAGUUACUCCGAAGAUGACUUCACAGAGGCUGCCGUGUUAUGCUGGGACGCUUUCUUUGGCCAGGUUCCGUUCAGGGUUCUUUACACACGAGGAAGAUGAUGUCAUCAUCCUUUUCCACUGAGGCACCGGGCGUGGAGGUCCCUUGUCUUAGACACAGAGCUGGGAGGGGACUGAUUUUCUGUAUACUGCCCCCAGAUUUGCCUCCUUCCAAGAUGGUACAUCAGUCAUAGUUCUUGGCGCCACAGGCCCUUCUACUCAACUGUUACCCCUACCAAGUCCCAUGGAGGUUACAGAAGGGAUAGGGCGUUUGAGCUGGACCUCGAUAGCAUUCAGGAAGAGAGGACACUUGGAGGCAUUCCAGGCAGAAGGAACCAUGUGUGUCUAGAGGGAGGAAAGCAUGUCAGAUAUCAGCUUCUGGCAAGUGGUUUACUCCAACUGGACUAUGGGGUGAACGGGGGAAGGAGAGGAGGAGCGGUGGAACUGCGUGCAUCUUAAGUAUCCUUAAAUGACCAGCUUGGGAACUUGGCGUCUUUCUCGAGGGUACUAGAGAGCCAUGGAAGGAUCUUGAGCAGGAGAGGGCUACGGUUAGGUUUGGGCUUUAGCUGCUAUGUGGAGGUGGACCAGAAGGGGAAGACUGGGGCCGGGUGCACAGGGGAGGCUAGGACAGGAACGGAGCGGGAGAUGAUGGGGCUGGGCAGGGCUGAGGAAAGGGGGAGACGGGCAGUGGAGGUCAUGCUCAGGAGGCCAAGUGGACAGGCCUUGUGUAGGCCUUACAGACUUGGGAGGGACAAGGCCAGGCAAAGGCCCCAGGAUGGUUACCUGCCCCUGAGAUGGGAACCUGGGAGAAGACAACAGGUUUGAGGGGAGACACUGACGCUUGUUUAGAACAUGGUGGGUGUGAGGGGCUAAAGGGACAUCCAGAGGAAGGCAUCAGAAGGUCACAGGAACCUCUGGGCAGAGCCUCAGGGUGUGGUUGAGGCUGGAGACAGAUGGGGGAACCGAGGCCCCGAGUGUGGGUGUGGCAGCCAUGGGUGGGAGGAAGAGAGAAGACCCACCUUGAGAAGUCAGCCUUUGGGUAUUUAUAUAUUCAUGUCAGUAAGGAAACGCUUCGGAUGAGCACUGGGCAUUAUAUAGAAGUGAUGCAUCACGAAAUUCUACUCCUGAAA